AUGAUCCCUUUUGGGACGAACAACAUCGGAAACAGGGUCCUCGACAAAGCGGCGGCGGGCGCUUUCGCGGAGACCCUCCUUGCGGCGGGGCUUGUGGACGGCACCGGGAACUGGGCCGCGGGGGAGACCGUGCUGGUUCAGGCGGGCGACGUGUUCGACAGAGGAGACGCGGACCUGGAGGUGGAAGAGUGGCUUUGGACUCUGCAGGAGCAGGCCACGGAGAGCGGGGGCGCCGUGUAUCAUCUCCUCGGGAACCACGAGAUAAUGAACGCCAUGGGCGACCAUUCCACCGCGUCUCCGAAUUCGUUCAAGCCCUUCCAAGACCUUGACGUCGACCUCGCGCCGUUCGGGAGCCAGCUGGACAAGUUCCCCGACUGGGGGAAGCCGAGGCUGGCGGCGAUGGCGCCGGGCGGUCCCGUAUCGAAGAUGCUGGCCUCGCACUCCGUCGCCAUGAAGAUCGGAGACACGCUCCUCGUUCACGGAGGCCUUCGGCCGGUGAACUUCGACCCGAAAAGCUGCAGGGGCGCGACGGGUAUGGCCUGCUUGGAGAGUUUGAACCGGUGGACGCACGAGUGGCUCGUCGGCCAGGGCGAGAUGCCGAAGGAGCUGUGGAACCGCGACAGUCCCGUGUGGACCAGGUUCUACAGCUCCCCGGGGGGGGUGGAGCUUAGCGAGGAGGCGGAGGCGGACCUGCAGAAGGUGCUGGAUGCAACGGGAACGGUCCGGAUGAUCGUGGGGCACACGCCGCAGGAGGCCGGGAUCAACAGCGCCUUGGGGGGCAGGCUCUGGCGGACCGACACCGGAAUGACCGCCAUGAUUGGAGGCCAACCAGAGGCGCUCGAGAUCGUAGACGGCGUCGCAACGAUCAUCACGGCCGGCGGCAAGCGGAUACCGGGGGACGAACGAGCGUGCACGGCGGGCAAGCCCCUGCCGCACAAGAGGGCCGUGUCUCAGGCAGAGCGGAGCGGCUGGAGAGGGGCGCGCAUGGUGUUCGGGCAGCGGGGCCAGAGCAGCGGCGGGUUGGAGGAGAGGGAGGAUGGGUUAGAAGGAGGAGGAGCUGCGACCGCCGCCGCCGCGUAGCGAUGAUGAUGAGCAUGAUAGUCUACCAUUUCUGUUUGCGAUGAGUCCGAGUUGGGUCGUCCGCUGGUGGUUUGUUCUCGCCGUUUUUUAUGUGCUGUAUGCUGCCAUCGACACUAAUAUACGACAACGACGUGAAGAAGAGUGAAGGGACGUUAGGGGUGCCGUGUUUGUCCGAAGGUUAAGACGUAGCUCACACCGUGUGCGCCGUACCGCAUCGAAAGCGUGCGCGGUGACCGAAACGGGUAAUGCCCCUGGCGUUCAUCCCGAC